UUUAACGAGUGAGAGAGAGAAGUAGAACAAGGCGCGACCGUGCGAGUGGCCUUGAGCUUCUGAAAAUUCUAGAACCACCAGCCAUGGCAGAAUCACCUGAAACAGAAGAAAAGUUUCAAGCUUCAACCAUCGUUAUGAACGAAACGAAGAAAAAGAUGAAGAAUAAGAAUAAGAAGAAGCGGCCUCGGGAUUCUGAAUCAGAGAACCAAUCAGCUGAACCUCAACAAGAAGAGGGCGCAGAAUCCUUGGAAAACAAUGCGAACAAGAAGAAGAAGAAUAAGAAGUUGAAGGGAGUGGAAGAAGAUAGCUACGUUGAUAAAAAUGGUGAAGAAGAAGAAGAAGAAAAGGAAGAAGAGAGGAAAGAGAAGAAGAAUAAGGGUGGUGGUGGUGGAAUAAUGAGUAACGAUGAAUUCUCUUCUCUAGGGUUAUCAGAACCAACUUCGAAGGCAAUUCGGGAUAUGGGGUUCUCAUACAUGACUCAGAUUCAAUCGAGGGCAAUUCCACAUCUUCUAAUAGGAAAAGAUGUUCUUGGCGCUGCCAGAACCGGUUCCGGGAAAACCCUUGCUUUUCUGGUCCCUGCUGUGGAGCUUCUCUAUAAUGUUCAGUUCACGCCUCGUAAUGGUGCUGGUGUUAUUAUCAUUUGCCCCACCAGAGAGCUUGCAAUUCAGACGCAUGCUGUAGCCAAGGAACUCCUCAAGUAUCAUUCGCAGACUCUUGGAUUGAUUAUUGGAGGUUCGACGAGAAAACUCGAAGCCGAACGCAUUGCUAAAGGGAUCAAUCUGCUCGUGGCAACUCCUGGUCGUCUUCUGGAUCAUCUUCAGAAUACAAAAGGGUUCAUAUAUAAAAACUUGAAGUGCCUCAUGAUUGAUGAAGCUGACAGGAUACUAGAAGCUAACUUUGAGGAAGAAAUGAAGCAGAUUAUUAAGAUCCUUCCAAAGAAUAGGCAAACGGCUUUAUUUUCGGCUACGCAAACAAAGAAGGUUGAGGAUCUUGCACGCUUGUCAUUUCAGACAACUCCUAUAUAUAUUGAUGUAGAUGAUGGGAGAACCAAGGUUACAAAUGAAGGGUUAAUGCAGGGUUAUGUUGUUGUUCCCUGUGCCAAGCGAUUCAUGGUUCUCUAUUCCUUCUUGAAGAGAUUUCAUUCAAAAAAAGUGAUGGUGUUUUUUUCUUCAUGUAACUCUGUGAAAUUCCAUACAGACAUUCUUAAUCAUAUUCAUUUGAAUUGCUCAAGUAUUCAUGGAAAACAAAAGCAGCAGACCCGAACAACCACCUUCUUUGACUUCUGCAAAGCAGAAAAGGGGAUCUUGCUCUGUACUGAUGUUGCUGCUCGUGGACUUGACAUACCUGCUGUGGACUGGAUUGUGCAGUAUGAUCCACCAGAUGAACCGAAGGAAUAUAUCCACAGGGUUGGUAGAACAGCUCGUGGAGAAGGUGGAAAAGGAAAUGCUUUGCUGUUCCUGAUUCCUGAAGAAUUACAAUUUCUUCGUUAUCUGAAGGCAGCUAAGGUCCCUGUGAAAGAGUAUGGAUAUGAUGAAAAGAAGGUGGCAAAUGUACAAUCUCACCUGGAGGAUUUGGUAGUCAACAACUUUUUCCUAAACAAGAUGGCUAAAGAUGCGUAUAGAUCCUAUCUAUUGGCAUACAAUUCACAUUCUAUGAAGGAUAUAUUCAAUAUACACCGCCUCGAUCUGAAGGACGUAGCAGCUUCUUUCUGUCUCGCAAACCCACCAAAUGUGACUCUGAACUUAAACAGCAGUAAGAAAAGGAAGAACAUGCGCAGAGUUGAUGGAAGUAGUCACAGCAACCCUCAUGGAAAAAGAAUUUUUCAUUCUAAAAAGCAAUUUGUGAGGCAUUAACUGCAUAUAUAUGCACCACUGCUUUGUAAAAUGCUUGUUGUUUCUUCCCACCACACCCUCAAAAAACAGUUUUGAUAGGAUAGGAGCCCCAACAAAGAUUAUAUAAUCAUAUGGAUUUUUUAGCUUAGCCAUCAUAAACAUCAGCUUCGAAUGUGUCUGCUUAUAUUAUUAACUGUAAUAUUAGUUGUGAUAAUGGUUUCCUUUCGUUUGUUACAUUACCA